GUCCGCGUGGGGAGGAAGAGGAGGAAGAGGAGGACGGAGCUGCAGACACUCGGGCGCGCGGCGGACCCACAAGAAAGGGAAGCACGUGGAAUAACCCGCGCGCCUCUGUCCGUGGACCGUUCCCGCGUGGAGGAAACCUGCAGCUUUUGGAGCGGAAACUGUUUGGAUGAGAUUAACUGCUGCUGACUCUGCGCGCGCACGGGCAGAGGAGCGCGUGCACGCCGAGGUGUGCGCGUGCGAGCCGCAGGAAACUCAUUAACGCCUCCCUUUGUGUUUACAUGGAGCGCGUGCACGGAGCAGCAAGGCAGCGCGAGCCGCACGGAGGCUGCUGAGCGCGUGCGCGGCUCGGCACGCGCGGGUCGAUGAGGAUGGAUCUGUGGGUUUAUUUCCGGAUGGAAAAGCAGGAAUGUUCCUUUAAAAGUGGAUCAGAGGAGAUGGAGAACAGCAGGUAGAUGUCAGUACAGCUCACAAGAUGAACCCACUAGCAGCCCUCAGCAUUGACCGAACCCCCCUAAGGGGGGCAAAUAACCAUCCCCAUGGAGGAGUUACUUACCCUGGCAUCAACCCUCUUUCUGCACAAAAGCCCCAUGAGCCCGGCUCCUCCCUCCGUCUCGGUUAUGACCUCCUGUAUAAGCCAGGCGUGCCCCUGUUAGAAGGCCAGAAAUCUGGAAAUGGAUGUGGGGAACGUUAUAAAAGCCCGACUCCAGGGCUGCAGAAGCCUCUGCUAGUCUCAGCUACAGAAGGUGGCGGCUUUGGGUUGAACCACCGAACCCUACCCACUGAGAAGCAGUCACAGCAGAGUUUAAAUGGUGCUGGUAACUUUUUAAGAUUGCCAUGGAUUAGCCCUUUCAUGGAUGCUUCAAUGUAUCCCUUCUUGGACAUGGCAUACAAGACCUCCCUCCUGUCUGCGUCGUCUUUCUCCCAGCAGCAGCUGGCAUAUCAUUCUAUGUGUGUAAAUGGAGGUAACAUGCCUGGAAAUGAAAGGCUUUUCUUCAUUUCCCCCUAUUCUCCGGCUCAUAUAGCCUCCUCUGUGGCUCCUCCCAUCAGGAUGUCCUCAGCCGACCUGACCCGUGCUCUCCUCUCCCCGCUGCCCCACAACCAGGAAAAGACCUCGCAGGGCUUUGGACCACAGCUGCCUCCAGAACUUUCUGCUUUCAGCACUGGUCCCCAGACCUGCCAGGAGCCCCAGAUGCAGACUGAGCAUCCUGAAGGUCCACAUGAUGGUGGAAACGGUGGAGUAAAGAUGUGCCAGCCGAGCUCUACCAAGAGUUCUGCAAGCAGCGGUGCAGUUUCCCAGCCUCCUGGCUCCGUUCCUCAGUUCCAGUCCAUCAGCAGUGCCACUACAGACCCUCAGAAGCAUCAUUACAAGAGUGCCACCUCGACCUCGCUCCCUGCUUCUCAUCAGUUCUACCUUGGCUCCAAGGACAGCUGUUCCAAGAACUCAGGCAGCAGAAAUACCAAAGAUGCCCACUAUAAUGCUGAGACACAUUCAACACGUGCAAAGAAGUCCCUGGACACAGCUGUACCUCAGAAAGCUACCAAAACCAUGAAGGAAACAGCAAAUUCUGCUGAAGAACCGCCUCGGUACGCGCUGGUAGCCAAUCAGAACCAAGACCUCAAAGAGGGACGACCUCUACCCAAGACCCGGGAUAAAGAAAGGAUCUGUCCCUCUGCCUCUACUGGGGUUUCUUUGGGCCCUUGCUCAGCUGUUAUCUCUGACAGUAACAUUUGCUCCCAAACUAUCAGUGCUGCAGACACCAGUCAAAGUCAAACAUCUCCAGUCUCGACUGAAUCUGCAGAGGGUCCGGUAACCAGUACCCUCAGUUCUGCUUCUGCAGGACAGUCUGCAGCAAAUCACAAGUCAAAGCCUGAAUCCAGGCUACUUUCUCCUGCUGGCUCUGAUAAAAGCAGCAAACCCUACUCCAGAAAGCACGGUAAAACUCACUCUAAGCCCACUAAAGAUAACCAGCCUGAUCCGUCACAGUACAUUCAGUUAAACCCAGAAAACAAAAACACCUCCAGCCACAUCUAUAGGGACUCUUUCCUACCUCGCAGCUUAGGCUACGCUAACCGCUACAUCCCGUACGCGGUGGCAGAGACUGUGUCACUGCAGCCAGUGUCAGUGCCAAAUAAUACUCAUGUGUAUCCACAUCCACUGCUGCUUAACAACAGCUUCUACCAGUCACACCCUGCACUAAAACAUGGCCUCCCGUUUGGAAUAGCAUCUUAUCAGAGCUCGGAUACAAUGGCCUCGACCUGUUCUGGGCUUGAAAACAAAGAACAAAGUCUUCAUCUGUCUAAGUCCCAUGAUAAAAUCAGAGAUGGACCAUUCCGGAACCAGAAAGGGCGAGAUGCUAACCCCGGUCACAGGGAGGAUGGUGACAUGGAUAAAGCCACAGAACACGCUCCAGAUAAAAGCCUGUCUGUUGGUAGGGAUGAAACAGUUUGCAUAGAUCGGGUGCGUGACGAGGAAAAUCCCAACAUCGGCAACAACUGCAACCCUUUUGGGGACGUUGUCCCCCAUCAGGGGAUGAGUGGAGGGAAGCACCUCAGAGGCCAGAGGCCCUGUCUGCCAGAAAGCUCUCAUCAAAUCCAGAACGGAGAGCAGAGUCUCAGCUCUCUGUCCCAGUCUCCAGCUAAUGGUACGGCUUCAUCACUACCUGGUAGGAGCCAAGAAAUGCCAGAGGAGGAAAACCCACAGAGUCCGUCCCCAGACAUCUGUGAAGAGCUGACGAUGCAAUGUGCCCGCACUUCUCCAUGGCAGUUCUCUAGAAACGCUGAAACUAAAGCUUGUGGGGGUGAAGCCCCAGCAGUCCCAGCUGUAAAUGGUCCUGCUACCAGCAAGCCCCAGCAAAGCCCUCCCAAGAAUACCACCUGGUUGGUUCACAAUGGCAACGAUGGUAGACCUGGUGUCUUCACAGACCCAGAAACUCAGAGCGCAGGUAUGAGGUCAAAGGGUCUAGCUCUUGGGGGUAGGGAUCUAUCAGAAGGUCCAGGUUGCACCAGUAGAGGACUGACGUCUAAUGAGUCCAGUCCUGCAGUCAGUGUGGUAAAUCCCACAUUCAACUCUAGCUCUAAGCUCUCAUUGUGCACCAGAAUCAACCCUGAAGACCCAACAUGCACCAGAGAUGGUAGAAGCCCAGAUGCUGUGAGAUCAGGUUGCAGAAAUGUCAGUGUGAGGGUCUCAGGGUGCGAACCCAGAAUGUUCAGAUCGACUGGUGAAAGUGGAAACGCCGUAGCUUCAAGCUGUGGAAACAGUGCUGAGUUGAGUUCUGGUGAAACCCACAACGCCACAGAUUCUGGUCUCAGAGGUCCGGCAUGUGGAAAAAACAGCCCUACCUGUGGCGAUAACCCCUUAGAUGGCCAAAUGUUCCCAAAUGGCAACCCCAGGUUCCCUCCACCCAGUCAGAACCUCUUCACUACCAAUGGAGAUGCUAACGACGUUCCCAAGGCUCUGACCCCACAUGCUGACAGAGAUCUUCUCCCCAAAGCCAGCGGUGAAAGAGAAGCCAAGACUCUGAACAUCCAGGACCAUGAGAAUCUCCUAGAAGGUGAUCCUAAAGACCUUGACUGCUGUGGAACCGGGCAGGCCGAGGUGAAGCAGCAGAUCAGGACCUCGGCUGGCUGUGUAGACGACCGGUUAGAAGACGUGACCCCAGAUCUGGUCUCUGAUGUCAGCGAGCAAGGCAGCGAGCAGAGUGAACUGCAGCGCGCCGUGCUGCAGUUCUCUGAGCUGGAGCUGAGGGAGGAAGGAGGAGGAGAGGCGGAGCUGGCAGGCGGCCAGCAGGAAGGUGGAAGAAGGGAUGAAGAGAGGAGCGAUGAAGAGGAGGGAGGAGGGGAGCGCUGGGAGCAGAGAGAGGGGUGGAGAGGAGGAGGAGGAGGAGGAGGAGGAAGUCCCUCUGCAGCCGCUGAGGCGCUGAGAGGUUUGAAUCCUCCUUCCUCCCACAAACAUCAACUCUCCUGCCACCUGGACAAGCUUCCUGUCCUCAAAGAGAAGAGCGAGUCUUCAUUGGAGGACAGCAGGAAUGAAGACGCUGAUCAUCAGGAGAAGAUAAACGAGAAAACGGGUUUUAUCUCCGUGACCAACCAGCAGAGGCCUUUUGUCUCAGCAUCCAGAGGUCCGUUUCAGGGGAACCGCCCCUCUCUGAGGUCAAACCCCAACCUGCCAAUAAACCGGCGGCAGAUCUUCAGCCUGGAGCCGUUUCAUCAGAGCAGCAUCGUCAGCAGCCGGCAGAAGAGAGGGAGGGACGAUGGAGAGGCCGGGACAGGAAACCCCAACAAGAGAGUCAAGGCCACCAACGACUCCUCUCUGGAGGAUGUAAAAAAGCUGAAGGUCCGCAUCGAGUUAAAUGGCCUCCGACUAAACAAGCCCCGCCUCCCUGGAGAGCUCAGCCAAUGGCUGCCCUCUGGGAAGAAAUCGGCAGACUUGGACAGGAAGUUCUCACCUGUAAGGGAGAGGUCAGAGGUUACUGGAAGCUGGAGUGAGUCCCUGGUUCUCAGUCGGGACGUUCAGAGAGUUUUCCACGCCUCCUCUGAUGGACCUCCGCUCCAGGAAGCGAACACCUCGGUCCUACGCCAACCAGCUUCUUCAUCAUUUCCCUCCCAGCUGCAGGACAGACAUCAGACGGUCUCCUCUCUGUCCAUGCUUCCUCUCUCCUCCUCCUCCUCCUCCUCCUCAGCGGACCAUUAUCUGUUUGGUUGCCAUGACAACGGCCUUGAUGUGCCGAAGGGCAAGCGUCCCUUCAAGAUGAAGCACACGGAGGGAGGAAGUGAUGAUGAGGAGCAGAGGGGGAAGGUUUCCCAGGAGGACCCCUCCCAGUCUCCUGACCGGCGCCCUGCCUCUCCAGAGACCCAGCAGUCUGCCCGGCCCGUCCCUCCGGAGGUUCGCCGCCUCAUCGUGAACAAAACCGUGGGGGAAACGCUGCUGCAGCGCGCCGCCCGGCUGGGAUACCAGGAGGUGGUGCUGCACUGCCUGGAGCGGCGGCUCUGUGACGUCAACCACAGGGACAACGCCGGCUACUGCGCCCUCCAUGAGGCCUGCGCCCGCGGCUGGCUGGGCAUCGUGCGGCUGCUGAUCGCGCACGGCGCCGACGUGGACUGCAGCUCUCAGGACGGAACCAGACCGCUUCACGACGCCGUGGAAAACGACCAUUUAGAGGUGGUCCGCUUCCUGCUGGCCUGUGGCGCUGACCCCACCCUCACCACUUACUCUGGGCGCGGACCCCUCAGCAUGACCCACAGCGCUGCCAUGGAAACCUUCCUGGAGGACUAUCUGUCCGACAUCCAGGGAAGGUCGGAGGGCGAUCCGGGAAUCUGCUGGGAGUUUCACGGCAGCUCCGUGUGCGAGCCGUCCUGUGAGGCGGGGGGGUAUAACAUUCUGGCCGACCCACCUGGACCCGAUGAGGAUGAGGAGGACCAAGAGGAAGACGUGGAUGAAGAGCACCGGGCCAGGAGGGAGGUCUUUGAGUUUGAGCUUUCCGACCGACCUCUGCUUCCGUGCUACAACAUCAAGGUGCCGACGUUUCACGGAACCAGAAACUGGCUCCUCCUGGGAGACGUCCUGGGUCGGCUCCGGAUGACGUCGCGCUCCUUUCGCCGCCUCUUCCCACAGCUCAACAUCCGGUGCAUCCCUGAAGACGAGUUCUACCGGCAGGCGUCGCUGUCCCAGCUGCUGACGGGUCCAGAUGAGCAGCAGCUGGCCUCCUUCAGGCCAGAUGUGAAGGACCCUCUGGAGCUGGUGGAGGCCACCCCUGAGCUGGCUGGCAUGCUGGGCUCCUCCCUGGAGUUUGUUGACAGCCGCUGGGACUCCCUGGACGUUUCGCCUCCCCAGACACCCCCGCCAUCCCUGGGUCCACCUCCAUGUCUCACGCUGUCUUUACCUCCAGAACCACCGGAACAGGAGUCCGGUCUCAAGAGCAGGACUGCAGGGUCCGCCUCAGGACCCAAACAUUCAGGAGGUUUUCUUCCUGCCGCUAAAUUAGAUUCCCACUCCCAGGAACAGAAACAACAAAAGAACAAGGUUCCAACCUCUGGGAAACCAGGAGUGACGGUUGCUGCUAACUGGUGGGAACCCCAGAGACAACGCAGCCAGAACCCUGGGAUCCAUGGACCUUCUAAUCCAGACUCUAUGAAAUGGGAACGAGAGUCCAAAGAAAGAACAGCCUCUGGACCUGGGUGCAUUAAAUCCACCUCUUUGGAUGGAGGAACAAAGUGGGAACAACAGCGACUGGCGAGCAGAACCAAAGAGGUCGGUGAAGAACUGAAACCAGUUCAGGUUCACGAUCAGAAGCCAGGACAUUUAAAUCCUCCACAUUUAAAACAAGAAAUGACGUCAAACACCCAAGGGGGCAAAGCAGGGACCGAUCCGGAUUCGUCUGCUUUGACUGACGUUCCGCCGCCAAGUGAGAAGCCUGAGAUCUCCUCUAAGCUGGACCUGGUGGAUCCUCAGGAAAUACAGAGACCCGGUGGAACCACCACAGCAGCCAGGAGAGACACCAACAUCUGCAAAGGGCUAGCAGGAAGCACCUUGAAGCUGGACGCCGCCUGGCAGAGGAACCUGACCAACGUCAGGGUCCACAUCAGGGACCUGGGCAUGAAACUUGCUAGCAUGCAGAAGGAGGUGAAGAAGGACUCUGGGAAGGGGGUGGGGAAGGGUUCUAGGGUCCGAACAAGGUCAUGAGCUCAUGGUAGAUCAACAGGAAACAACUGGUGAUGUUGGCAUGUCUGUAUACUUUGUAAAAUCUCCCCUGGAUGAUGUUCUGUGUGGGCGUCUGUCAACUGUAAAGACUUUUCUAUUUAUUGGCAGAGAUCUGAUCUUUGCUGUAAAUAUCACUGGGUCUGUGUUAGCAUGGUGAGAGCGUCGGGUCUGUUCUGCAUCCUGUUGGUUUAUUGUCACUGUUCAAUAAACAACAACGCAAAGAAAC